UUAUGUCUUAGGGCUCUCCAGUUUCGUCUUCGGUGCGUUUUGUUGCAUGAAGGGGUGGUGGGUGGGGGGUUGUGGAUCAUGAAGAGGCUGCUAUUCAGGUGAGGAGCAGGUUCACUUCAUGUUCCAGCUCUCCUGCUGCUCCUCCUCACUGUCACUUUCCAACACUCUCUCUAACGUACAUACACUCCAUCUGGGGGGGGAAAAAAGUGUUUAUGAUCUCACAUAUUUCCGUCACUCUUCCUCUGGAGCUGAAGGGCUAUUCCGAGAGUCCAAAAGACACCAAAGAAGACACACUUCAGCUGGACAGGCAGUUCUGUUGAGGGAAGAGCAGGGAGCUGCUGCAUUUCACCAGUGGAGGCCACCACAGAUUAUUUCAACAGGCUACUGAGGGUUGGGAUCAAACGUUAUCAUGGAUGUUCUCGCCUUAGAGGCAAAGACUGUGACUGGAACAGAAACCGAGAAGAAAUCUACCCCAAGGCCAAAACCGAAACCUCCCAAAAAGGCCAAAAGGACAGUUUACUUUGAGGUGGAGAUCUUGGACAAAAAGACCAAGGAGAAACUCUUGCUGCUGGAUAAGGUGGAGCCAACUGCCACUAUUUUGGAUAUUAAAGCUUUGUUUCAUAAAUCAUAUCCAAAGUGGUAUCCAGCCAGACAAUCCCUGCGCUUGGAUCCCAAGGCCAAGUGUCUCAGGGAUGAGGACAUCCUCCAGACACUUCCUGUGGGAACCACAGCCAGCUUCUACUUCACUGACCUGGGACCCCAGCUCACAUGGGGAACUGUGUUCCUGACGGAGUGUGCAGGUCCACUGAUCAUCUACUUAAUGUUCUACUUCCGCCUCCCCUUCAUCUACUCCCCGAAAUAUGACUUCACCAGCAGCAAGCAGUGGAUCGUACACUUGGCCUGCAUGUGUCACUCCUUUCACUACGUCAAGAGGAUUUUGGAGACACUGUUUGUCCAUCGUAUCUCCCAUGGGACCAUGCCUCUCAGAAACAUAUUUAAGAACUGCGGCUAUUACUGGUGCUCUGCAGCUUGGAUGGCGUAUUACAUUAACCACCCUCUCUACACCCCACCCUAUUACGGGCAGCAGCAGGUGAAUAUAGGACUUUACAUCUUCUUGUUCUGUCAAGUGGGGAAUUUUUCCAUCCACAUUACACUUCGUAACCUCAAACCUCCAGGUUCAAAAACCAAGAAGAUUCCUUAUCCAACGAAAAAUCCUUUCACAUGGAUUUUUUGGCUGGUCUCUUGUCCGAACUACACAUACGAGCUGGGCUCCUGGAUCGGCUUCACGGUGAUGACCCAGUGUGUGCCAGUGGGUUUCUUCACUCUCGUGGCGUUUAUCCAGAUGACUGUGUGGGCCAGAGGCAAACACCGCAGCUACUUAAAGGAGUUCAGAGAUUAUCCGACCCUGCGCUCCUCCAUACUCCCCUUCCUCCUUUAGAGCCCGGCAGUGCUACACACAUCCGACCUUUGCUGCUACACGCAUCCAACUCCUCGCUGAUUGGGUCCCUUUUUAGUGGCCGCUACAUCCAUUUGGAUGUCAGAAUGUGUGUGCUGAGGUUAACAGCAUGGAUACAUUUUGGUCGUAUGAAGUCCAUGUAAUAUUUUCUUGCAUGUCACUCCAUAACAAGGAGUGGCAGUUACAGGACUGGUGGAUGCAGGACUGUUACUGGCAAGGGAAGCCUUUAGAGUUAAAUACAGCAAAGUCUUAAUUUAAUGAUGUAUGUGAUCUUGAAGAGAGAGAUGAAAAAUGUCAUUUUUAUUUUGCUCCUUUGAUAAGUUUUAAAAUAUUCAGUGAUGUUUCCCACAGAGCUGGGAAAUAAAGGGGGUAAUCUGGAUUGUCAACGUAUGCAGCCUGGAGCUGAUAAAUGUGUGGCCUCAUGCAGCUCACAAUUGGAUCUGACUGAUCCAAGUGACCUUUACACUACGGUGGUUCUAUUAGAUCUGGAUUAGAAAUCGUUUUCUGAUUCCCAUGUCUUCCACCACGGGUGAGGAAAACGCCUUUCUUUUUGUCUGUACAUGGAUCGAGUGUAUUUCUGGCACAGGGAAAAUAAUAGAGAGGGAAAACACUGCUGACAGCAUGCACACACACAUCCUACAAAAAUACACCUCUUAUUUACACAAGAUGAUUGUACUGCAGAAGGUAUUCAGCUGAAAAAGCGAAAAGACCAAGUUUCAGUCAACAAAUCAUUAUCAGUGGUUUUUGUUUUUUUGUACAUUUUUGUGCAGUCGGUGCUCUUUCCAACCUGUUAUUUUUGUACUAAUCUGAUAAUUUGUGCUGCUACAAAACAAGUUGGACUAUGUUUUGGUGCUUCAAAAAAUUGGAUACAGGACACUGGAAAAAUGCAAAAAAAGACAAUUUAAUUCACCAUUUCUAUUCCAUUUUCACUGAAUGUGUAUUUCACAGAAGGCUGCAUCAACUAAACCUUCAGAAUAAAUGAAGGAUUUUUGUGUUACUGAAAAUACUCCUGCUGCAAUUUUUAUGUGUGAAGAAAGUGUUCAGUCUUGAGCAGGAAUUUUAUCUGCAGUGCAAAGUUUGUUUACGAUAUUUGAUUGAGACUGAAGGCUCCUGUUGAAACAAUUGCUUUUAGGUUUAACUGUUGAUACAAAGAUAAUAAACUGUAUCACAAAACCAGUGA